GGAGCUGGGAUGUUAACCGCGCUAGGACGAACCCCGUGGUAUCAACUUAAUUAACAUCGCCUUUCCGACAUGCUAAUCGUUAUGCGGACCAUUGGCGAGCAUCCGUGUAUGAUUGUUGCAGAGCUAGAUUGCGUAUGAAAAUACGGGUUUUCAUCGAAGUAUUGGUCAUUUUUUUGUUAGCUGUCAAGCUAAUGUUGGCGAGCUAGGCCCGAUCGGGGCAGGCCCAGUACCGUCAACUCGCAUCUUUUAAGUUUACUGACAUUGUUUUUGUUAACGCCAUAGACCGGCGAAGUGACUAAUGAGGCCGACGUUAUUCAAAGCUGUUUGGCUGCAAUCUGCAAAAGCGACGGGGAAAUAAUAGGAGUCAGUAAAAAUUGAGAUAGAUAACAUUUGUGAUAUUGGGCUAUACAAAUAGAAUUGACUUGACGACCGCUCAGCUAACUAAGCUAAAGCUAACUAACAAUAUCAUGACUUCUAGGAGGACCGGCUAUGCCGGUAGUAUGGAUUCUUCUCCAUCGAGUAGUGGUAGUAUUACAACUAAUAGCGGAAAUCGCAAACAAAGUAUAAUUAACGUCCCCAAUAGGACUGGGACGGAUUCCUGCUACGAUCGGAAAGUAGACAAGACUGGAUACACAACCUCCCAAGGCAACAUGACUGUAACAUCCCUGAAAUCACGUCUUGCCCCCACCAUCCAAACUGCAAUGUCUGCUGCAGUCGAUACUCUUCUGGGUGAGGUAGUGCUUGUACUGAAUGAGACACAGCAAGAAUUGUUAAAUAAGGAGCAAGAAAAUGAAAGACUUAAAGUGCGUCUUGAAGUGUCAGAGAGGGAGUUGAAGACUUUACAAGAAUGUCUUUGUAGCGCUCAAAAACUAAUUGAUCAACUUCAGAUACCAUAUUCUGGUACUCAGACAGUUAGUCAGUCAGUGUUUGCCCCCUCGCUGUCAUCCAUGACUUCAAUGACUACAGGCAUGGACAGGGACCAUCAGAAUCCCCGAAAUGUGAAUGGUGCCGGAGUUGACUUGGGUCUUGGUGGUUCAGUGGAUGAAUCCCUACAUGGUUUUGAACCAAGAGAUGACUACAAAAUGUGUCAGCUUUCAAUACAACCAGAUGGUUCUGUCACCAAUCAUUCUCUUGACUCCUUUGGGCCCAACACAACUCACAUGUGCUCCGAUUCCAGUAGACAAGAUGAGAGGCAGCCUCAGGUACCAAGUGGAGGAUCACGAUUUGAGAUUAAAGGGGAACAGGCACCAGCUCCGGGCCAACCAAAUAGGAAAGAAGCAGGGUUGCGGGGUGAUAACAGAGUGGGCGAUGGCGAGCAAUCCUCCCACAACCCAGGUGAGCUUGGCCACAUUCAGGUGGUUGGAGAGGAGGGAGAAGCCCAACGCCCGUAUACUUACCCUCUUCGCCAUCCAAGACCUGUACGACCACGCACCAGCACCCUGCAGCAGGGUGGGCUUGAUGUACAGAAAGGUGUUGCUAGGACUUCUGGAACUGGGAGGGGAGACAAUGUGUCGCCCGGAAGGGCCGAGGACUCUGCAGGGCCUUCAAACUCUGAGCCUGCAGUAGAGCCCUCUGGAGAUCGCCCCCACCACUGCCUUGAGUGUGGAAAAACCUUUCGUCUGAUCUCCAGUCUGAAGAAACACAUCCGGAUCCACACGGGAGAGAAGCCGUACCCAUGCGGGGUCUGUGGCCGCCGUUUCCGAGAGUCGGGUGCCCUGAAAACUCACCUGCGGAUCCACACGGGAGAGAAGCCGUACUCUUGCUCCGAGUGCGGCAACAGUUUCCGUCAUUUGGAUGGCCUGCGCAAACAUCGCCGCACCCACACUGGGGAGAAACCUUAUGUGUGCGCCAUCUGCGGCAAGCGCCUAAGCCGACUGCAGCACCUGAAACACCACCAGCUCAUCCACACUGGGGAGCGGCCCUGCUGCUGCCCCUUCUGCAACCGCAGCUUCAAGGAACCGGCUGCCCUGAGGAAGCACGUCCGCACGCACCGGGAGGAAGCCGGCCACAUGGGAUUGGGUACUGGUGAUGAGACAGACCCCGAUGCAAUAGACGACCUAAACAACCUCCACCCGGCUGCUCCCUCCCCUCAGAUGAGGUUUGGGGAGUGGGGAGCUGAGGAAGAUGAAAGCUCAGUAGUGGACUGUGUGUAGGGUGGGUUAGGUCGUGCUGUGGGUCCUCUAUCCAUAGUGGAUACUCCAAUGAAAAACGGAGCAUUCAAAAGCAGUUUUCCUACUGUCUAUAAACGUGGUGGAUAGGGAAGUCUCAGUCUCAUCCUGUUUUUGAUAAAGAACCUGGCUAUAUGUAUCCCUAGCCUUGGAGUGUUGUUUAAAAGUCAGGGUAGCCUAUUCUGCCAUUUUAAUAUUUUACAUACUUAAGAUGUGAAAGUAGCUCUUAGGAUAUCAAAUGUGCAUCUUUUAUGUUCUUUUAAGUAACGGCAAGUAAUCGCUGCUACAUCUUUCAAUAAUAAGAGCAAUGGAUUGGGGUAAGAGAAGCAUUUUUGUGGUAGUGGGUUGCCAGUUUGGCACUUUUGUUUCGAAUAGCUGGGAAACUGGGGGAAGUGAAUGAUAAGCUGUCUACCCAGUUUCAAAAAUGCCCUGGAAAUGCCUUAAACAGAGCACUCAACCGAUUCAGCAGAGCUAAUCUAUGGCCCAGGGUUAAAGAGUGGAUUCGGGGAUGUCCAAAUUGCUGAGAUUCUGGCAGUUAUCUAAUGAGGCAUUCGUAAUUAGCCAUGUUUUGAGUCAGUUAAUGUUUAUUUUCAUCAUCACAUUUCUAACUUGGCAUGCCUCUCGCACAGGUCUAAACUUUAGAAUUGCAGAUAUAUAUAUAUAUAUAUACACACACACACACAUACUUUUUAUUAAUACCCACAUCCGGCUUCCCACCCAUAGACACGGCCACUUGUGUGUAGGGAUGCCCGACCAAGCUGGAGGUAACAUGUGGAUUUGAACCGGCCAUUCCUGUGUUGGCAGGCAAAUAGACCGCUACGCUACCCGCACUUGCGGAACAUAUUGAUGCAUGCUGGAUAUUCCAGGUAAGCAAAUCCCAGAAAGUUGAAUCGGUUCAUCUGGACACAAUUAUUGAGAGAAACUUUUCAUCACAAUCACGGCAUUAUAAGAUGGCAACCGAUGUACUCAGGAUUUGGGAAAUCCUCUGUGAAUAGUACACAUGGCCUGAACGCUAGUUAAUAGUCAUGCCCAUAUUUGUAUAUGAAACUGGUUGUUGGUUUUGGUCCUUAUGCAACUGUAUUUAUAAGGGUGGGGAUACCAGCAGUCAGUUUAGACCAACGACGGCUAACCGUGUACCAGGUUUUCAUUCCAACCCGGCUCCACGCCAGGUGAUUUCACUGAUGCAUUCCUCCUCUUUGGUUGAAGGGUUGCUAAUCGGUGAAAUCCCCCUGGUGUGGUGUCCGGCUGGAAUGAAAACCUGCGUAAACAUGGUUAGUCACCCCUAGUUUAGACUGAAGAGGUCACUGAGUGAUGAAACGUUUCUCUCAAUAAACGUGUCCAGAUAAACUGAUUCACCCUUCUUUGGUUUUCUUACCUGGAUUGUUGAGCGUACAUCAAGACAAAAUGAGAAUCCAUCGCUUUUAUUGUAAAUGGUGUCUUUUGUAGUUGACAGACUAGCUCAUGAAUAAAAGUGAACUGGUGAUACUGAGCAGAACCAAACUAUUGCUAGUUGGGAGGCAGCAGUGGAAGAGUGAGAAACAAUUAGUUUCUCUGUAUGCACCACAAACAAAUGGCUUGGAUGCUGGUUUCUAUUUUCUUUUCCUUUCGAGUCUGGUUAACACCUCAUUAAGGACCAUAUCUUAACAAAUAGCAUUCCUUUUUCUAAUUAAUUUUUUUUGGUUCCAGGCACUAUGUUUUAAUGGUUUUAGUAUAGCAGACCUGCAUUAUUUUUACUAGCCACAUACUGGUAGUUACCAGCUGACAGACUGGUGCAUGCAUGCGUAUAACUGUCCCUCCUAAUGCACCUGCUCUCACUCAGCUGUUUCUGUAAAUUAGGUGUUUUUAGUCAAUUUAUCUCAUUAGAUAAGGGUUCAAAUGUGUGGAAAGGUUUAUGUGCAACAAUAUUCAGACUUUUUUUUUAAAUGUCCUUUGCAACCAUUAGUAUGAUAUCAUGUAAUGUAAAUAUGCAAUCCUAUUCAAUUGCUUCUCUGAAGUGAGCUGUUCUGAUGCAAAAAAGAAGAGCUCCAGUGUGAUAUGCCUGAUGCAUCAACACGAACAGCAGAGCACAGCUCUCGUCUCAACCUUUGGAUCUAUGGAUUUCCCGAUAUCAUAUAAACAUGUAUAUUACUAUAUUGAGCUUCAUGUAAUUAUAGAGCCAUGUACAUUUACUAGUGUAAGCCAUUGCUAAAUGGGUUCAAAGUGUUAAAAUAUCUGUCGCUGUAUACCUGGAAUACAUUUUGCCAAGGUUGUCUUUACCCAAGACAAGAUAUCACAUUUGUUCUUUUUUGUACCAUACCCGGGGGCCUUUGCAUGUUGAUUGAAACUGAAGUGGUAUAUUUCCCUCCUAAUAAGACUGAUGUAAAAUGUUUAAAUGACUUUUUUUUGACGCCUCUGUGUUUAAACUAUUCCCCCCCCCACACCUGAUUCAUCCUGUUACCUAAAUGUUACUAUAUUAA